AUUCAACCAAAAAUAACCUACGGUGUUAUUCCGCCACCAUCAAGCUCUCAACAAUGGCCGCCCGGCGAGCAUUUUUCACUGUCCUUAGCCGAAGCUUCUCCUCUUCUUCUUCCUUGUCUCAUCCGUCUUCUAUUUCUUCUCGCCUGAGACUCGCUUUUCCUCUGCUCGACAGACAGAGUCAAAUAAUCCCUAAUUCAUUCAAUUUUCCAGUUCGAUUCAGGACUUCGGGGUCCGGAUACUCUCCACUCAAUGAUCCUUCUCCUAAUUGGAGCAAUCGACCUCCUAAAGAGACGAUACUCCUCGAUGGCUGUGAUUACGAGCAUUGGCUGAUCGUGAUGGAGUUUCCAAAUGAUCCGAAACCAUCGGAGGAGGAGAUGGUGAACUCUUAUGUCAAAACUCUAGCCGCUGUUGUGGGAAGUGAAGAAGAGGCGAAGAAGAAAAUUUACUCUGUCAGUACAACUACGUAUACUGGCUUUGGUGCCUUGAUUUCGGAAGAGCUUUCUUACAAAGUGAAAGAAUUGCCAGGAGUUCUAUGGGUUUUACCAGAUUCAUAUCUUGAUGUUCCAAACAAAGAUUAUGGAGGUGAUCUGUUCAUUGACGGAAAGGUCUACCCAAGACCGCAGUAUAGGUACACUGAGAGGCAACAAUCUGGAAGAGUUAGGCCUCGUCCACGGUACGAUAGACGCCGAGAAACUAUGCAAGUUGAACGGAGCCAACCGAUUCAGAGACAAAGCUGGGGUCAAGACCAGAGAGAUCCAGUGCAGCAACCACCACCAUCCAUGGACGGUCAAAAUACAGCUCGAAGUGGUGUCGGAGAUUUCUCGACAAACCCAGGCGAGUUUAAUCGGGGCAAUCACUGAUUGAUGAAUGCUUGAAAAUUUGAAUAUUUAUGGAUUCCUUAAUGCAUGAAGUUUAGGCAUCAUAUGUCUAGAUUGGUCUGGAUUUUUGUCACUCCUCUACCUAUCAUAUGAGAUUCUACGAGUUCUUAAUACUCUUAGAUCAGGUCUAGACAUCAUAAUAUCUAGCAUCUAAAUGCAUUGAAAUGUGAAUAUUUAGUAUGUUGACUAGAAUCCUUGAUAUUGGGAAUGAUUGAACUACAUUGAUCUUUCCUUCUU